UACUUCUAACACUCAUAUUAACCUACAAAAAACUGACCUAUGAAAAAAUAGACAUACUUUUAAUGCGCUAUUAUACUAUAUGUUUGGGCAAACUGAGUCUAAAUUAUAUAUUCCUGGCACAAAAACCUGCUUAAUUUUUAAUACGAAGACACAGUGAGGAGCUGUGCUCUCUGAGAUAAACAGGAUCCGGUCAGCUGCAACAGGAAGCCAGGAAACACUGAUGGCGCCCGACUAGAAAGCAGUAGCGAGCAUCGCUUACAAACGCCUGUUUAUUUAAGAGCAUCAAGGACAAGGAACACAAACCAGAAGCUCAUUCGCGAGCUGAGAUGGAUUCAGAGGACAUGGAGGUGGAGAGCAGCAGCGAUGUGGGGCAUUCAGGGAUGGAGGAGCCAUCCGAGAGCGGCAUGGCAAUGGAGUCAUCAGAAGCCAUGUCUGCAGACAGCAGUGACGCGGCCACACUGCCAGCCCUCGCUCCUGAGUCUGACUGCCAUGUUGGACAGAGCUCUGAGGGACUUGUGGUCUUUAUCCCAGAGACAAGCUCCAGUACAGACGUGCGUGGUGUCCAUCUCCCAGACUCCUCCUCUGUUGCUCAGUCCACCAGCGUCUCCAGCGUGUCCACAGUCACCCAGUCAGUAUUGGUGUCUGAGUCACCGCAGGUCCUCGUGCACUCCAGUGCUGUAUCUGAAGGAGGGAUGAUGGUGUCUGACUCAACAGCCUCUACCUCUUCAGACCUGGGCUCUGCCAUUGACAAAAUAAUUGAGUCUACCAUUGGGCCUGAUAUAAUGAAUGGAUGUAUUGCAGUAACAAGCGCAGAAGAUGACAGUGCAGAGACCACUCAGUAUCUGAUCCUGCAAGGACCUGAUGAUGGAGCUCCCAUGGUGGCGCAGAUGUCUUCCUCGGCACUAUGUAGCCGCCUCACUAUUGACGCCUUAUCAGAUGGUCCAACCUCCACCUGCUUAGAUCAGGCCGACCUAUCAGAGAGCCUACAGCCCGACCAGCCGGGCCAUUCAGACUACAGUGAGCAUGAGGACGGUAGCAGCAGCAGCAGCAGCAUUAGUCGGCCUGAUCCAGAUCAGACGGGCGAUCCUGGUCAGUCCCAGUUUGAAGACUAUGGUGUAGAUGAAUCAGAGGAACCCCUGAGAGGCUAUGUGGCCGAGUGCAGCGGCGCAGUUGAAUGUAGCGACAGCAGCAGCGUGGAUGAUGGCACCGUGCGGCACUCGUUGGCUGACACAGCUGGCUCACAUCUCCAAGAUCAGAUGGAAUGCAGCGAAAGCCAAGCCGGGCCAUACAUCAGCAGCAGUGGUACUUACUCCACCCUUCCAGACCCUGAGGCAGCACCCAGGGAAGAUGAUGGAGUUGUGGUGGAGUCCGGAGUGGCAGCAGGGCCAGGGGACAGGGCUCCCGACCUGGCUGAGCUCGAAGAAAUGAUGGAGGUGGUCAUUGUGCAACAGUUCAAGUGCAAGAUGUGUCCAUAUAAGAGUGUUUCUAAAGACACCCUGAUCAAUCACAUGAGAGACAAGCACUUCAAACCUGCAGGUGAUCCUCCUAAAAAGCGAGGACGUGGAAGACCAAGAAAAUCUGAAACACUGGCACAACUGGGGGCACCGACGAAGAAAGACCUACCAGAGGAAGAGGAAGAUGACAUCAUAGACGCUGGUGCCAUUGAUGAUCCUGAAGAGGACAGUGACUAUAAUCCAGCAGAUGAACAGCUGAGAGCCAGACUACCUACACACCGACCAGCUCCUGCCUCCUGCUCUUCAUCUUUCUCCUCUAACUCACUGAAGCGACCUCGCAGGAUGGUGGGCCCGCCCCGUAAAUUUCUCUAUCCCCAAAGUUACACAGCAACAGCAGUGUCAGUGUCUCAGGCUAGCACUGCUGUGGACUCCCAGGCUCCUGAAGAGGCCAGUUCCUCUGGGCUGGAGAAUGGAGCUGCCUCAAUAUCUAUUGGCUGUGCUGUGGAGCAAGGUGUCAGCCAAUCAGAUUCAGAGAACAAAGACCCCUCAUCAAACAAUGGCCCUGAUGACGAGGAGUUUUUCCCACGGAAGCGCGGACGACCAUCAAGGCGUUUUCUUCGCAAAAAAUAUAAAAAAUAUAUCAACAGAAACAAGUACUACAAAUCCCUCAAGCCUCUGUUGAGACCUCAUAACUGCUGGAUCUGUGGGUCACGCUUUCUGUCUCAAGAGGACCUCCGAUUUCACGUGGAUUCUCAUGAAGGCAACGAUCCAGAACGCUUCAAGUGUCAGCAGUGCAGUUACCGCUGUAAACGUUGGUCUUCACUUAAGGAGCAUAUGUUCAACCACCAAGGUACUAAACCAUUUAAGUGUGACGUCUGUGACUAUUCAAGUGUCUACAAGAAGGACGUUGUCCGACAUUCUGCAGUUCACAACAAAGAGAAGAGUAAGAAGACAGGCCUGUCUUUUGAUGGCUCUCCCCAGACUCCAAAGGUGUCUGAGUUCCCGUGCCCAAUCUGCCAUCGUGUUUACCCCAUGCAGAAACGCCUCACGCAGCACAUGAAGACACACAGCUCAGAGAAACCGCACAUGUGUGAUAAGUGUGGAAAGUCUUUCAAGAAACGAUACACUUUCAAAAUGCAUCUGCUCACACAUAUACAAAACUGUGGAAACAGCUUGUUUAAAUGUGAGUUCUGUGAGGUGACGUGUAAUGAUAAGAAGCAACUUCUAAACCACCAACUGUCGCACACCAAUGACAAGCCUUUCAAAUGUGACUACUGCAAGUACUCCACAAGCAAAGAGGACUUCCUGGUGUCUCACAUUGCUAUCAAACACACUGGAGAGAAACCGUUCUGCUGUGACAUGUGCCACUUCAUGACCAAGCACAAGAAGAACCUCCGGCUGCACGUGCAGUGCCGUCACCCUGAGGCCUUCGAAAAGUGGUGUGAGGCUAAUCCUGAGGAGCCAGUGAGGAGGCGCAGGAAGCCCUUCUUCACCCUGCAGCAGAUAGAGGCACUCAAACAACAGCAUGACAGCCAGACACUAGGGAGCACCAUCGUAACCGUGGAUCCUUUAACCCUUCAAACCAUGGAGCCAAUGGGGAAUGCAUCUGUAUCCCAGGAUGCACUGGGAAACACCACCAUCAUCUACGAGCAAGGCCAGUCAUCAGAGCUGUCUGCCCAGAAUGCACUGGACCUGCUCCUGAACAUGAGCAAUGCACGAGAGUUAGUUGGAAAUUCACUUCAGGUAGCUGUGCUGAAAUCAGACGGCAAGACACUGGAGGCGGGUUCUUGGGUCGCAGCAGAGUCAGCAGGUCAAGACUCAUCCCUGCAGCCACAGAACGUCGUGACCUAUCACGUGUCAGAAAAUGGGGAGACCCUCGUGCAGGAGGCGCUGACUCAGGAGGAAGCAGCAGAAAGCGAACAGGAGUUUGCACAGAUUGCCAUCAGUGCUUACGAGACCGCCAGAGAGUUUAGCGUGGUGGAGCAGGCUGCUGAGGAGAUUCACAGCACUGCCACAGCUUAUAGUGUGGAGGAGAGCUCAACCGAUCAUCAGACAGUGGAGGUAACCAGUGAGUCAGUGUCUCUUCCUACACCAUUGAAAGAACACAAAGACAAGUUCUACCUGAGCUCAAGUUUGACUGAUGGCGUGCUUCAGCAGGUGGAGCUGAGUAGUGAAGCCCCAGGCUCUCCAGCUCAGAGCUCAUCUUCCCAGCCCCAGCAGCUCAACACCAAACGCUUCUGCUGUCGGGUCUGCAUGGAGACUUUUCACGGACGCUCCGACAUGGAGAACCACAAGAGGGCGCACCUGGACCCCAACACGUUCAAAUGUCCUGACUGUGAAUUCACUGCUACAUCGUGGCCAGAGGUUAAGACUCACAUGGCUAUGCAUGCCUACCUGCGGCCUCACAAAUGCCCAAACUGCAGCUUUGCCUCCAAAAACAAGAAGGACCUGCGGCGCCAUAUGAUGACGCACACCAAUGAGAAGCCUUUCUCGUGUGAAGUCUGUGGACAGAGGUUUAACCGGAAUGGCCAUCUGAAGUUCCACAUGGAGAGGCUGCACACGCAGGACCCUCCACCUCGCAAGCCCAGAUCCAGCAGCUCCCAACAGACCAUUAUAGUGAACAGUGAUGAGGAGGCCUUGGCUACACUGCAGACAUUGCAGGCAGGCCAGACUGUGAUUAGUCCAGAGCAGCUGCAGCAGGCUUUAGGACAGGAUCACAUAAUAGUGGCCCAGGAACAACCUCUUUCUGACCAGGAGGAUGCUGCAUACAUUCAGCAGAUAACUACAGUAGAUGGCCAGACAGUGCAACACUUAAUGACAGCGGAUAAUCAGGUGACAGAGGUCCAAUACAUCAUCUCGCAGGACAGUGUUCAGCACUUGAUCCCGCAGGAAUAUGUCGUUGUAUCCAAUGGCAACCACAUUCAGAUGGAGGAUGGCCAGAUUGCUCAUAUCCAGUAUGAGCAUGACGGGACACUCCUACAAGAACAGCAGAUUGCUGUGACUCACAAUGGACAAAUCCAGUACUUCCCUAUCAGCACUGAGCAACAGAUAGUGAGCCCUGAGGAUCUGGAAGCCGCUGCCCACUCCGCUGUCACCGCUGUAGCUGAUGCAGCCAUGGCCCAAGCUCAAACGGUCUACACCACAGAGGCCACACCUGAACAGCUGGAGCAGAUGCAGCAGCAAGGCAUCCAAUACGAUGUCAUCACAUUUGCAGGGGAAUAAGGACACUCACAGGUUGCAUGGCCUGUUGUUGCCAUGGAGCAUGAAGGUCAAGAGGCCACAGGAACAACUCACUGUUACUAUCCAUAAUGGAAAAGCAACGUGAUAUUUUUUGUUUCUUUUUGUAUAUUAUGUAAAGGGCAAUUAUAGAAAGAGUGGAGAAGUACAAUAGUGGAACAUAAAAGCAAAUCAUGACUUGUAAUUAUUUAAAAUGAUUUAUCUUGCUGUGCCUCCACUAUUCUGCUUUGUAAAAAAAAAAAAGCAUAUAAAAUUCUGUAUUUAAUUAAAUUUAAAUGAUUGCUUGGUUUUAGGGAAUAAGAGAGCAAAAUGACUACUGGGGUUACUACGUACAUACUUUGAAAGUCUGGUCUAGUUCUAUGGUCUUUAUUUUGUCAUGUUUCCCUGAAACAGUGUUCUAAAAUAGUAGUGUUCAUUUCCUUUUUAACUCAUGGUUU